CACACCCGUGACCCUGAGACCUGCCCAGGGCUUGGACUUCCUCUGUUCAGCUGGUUGAGACCUGCAAGGGGGGCAGCCGCAGGGGGGCUGACUGGUGUGCCCCCAGCCCACAGCGUGAGGGAGUCUAGAAGCCAGACGUCGCCGUGGGUUCUCUGCCAACCUGGCCAUGAACCUGGAGCCACCGAAGGCCGAGAUCCGGUCGGCCACCAGGGUGAUUGGGGGGCCCGUCACUCCCAGAAAAGGGCCCCCCAAAUUUAAGCAGCGGCAAACCAGGCAGUUCAAGAGCAAGCCCCCCAAGAAAGGCGUCCAAGGGUUUGGGGACGACAUCCCUGGAAUGGAAGGCCUGGGGACAGACAUCACGGUCAUCUGCCCUUGGGAGGCCUUCAACCACCUGGAGCUGCACGAGCUGGCCCAGUACGGCAUCAUCUAGCGCCAGAGCCUGACCCAGAGGCUUGGGGCCAGGGUCCCUGCCGCCCACUCCGCUCCCUGCUCCGGGUGCCUGCGAGGAGGCCGGCCCCCCCCCGCGGUGUCCAGAUGGCCCAGUGUGUGUCUGGAGACCCUCGCAGGGUGGCAGCCUCAGCCCCCAGACGCCCAUUACCAGAAGCCCACCAGCUCCCUGCAGGACCCCUCGGGCCCUGCUUCACUUCCACAAACACCGGCCCACAGACCUUCUCUUAGGGCAGGAAGGCCAGGCAGGUGUCCCAGGAAUGUGCAUCACACCCCGCUCCCCUCCUUUGGUCUAGUGACGAGGACGAGCCCCCCUCACUAGUCUUCCCAGCUGGCGCCCUUGAGCUGAGUGGGCAAGGGGGGGGGUCCCCGGCGGCCUCAGAGCAGCAGCCCUCUGAAGCCAACACAGCAGCAGGAAGCAUCCUGUCCAGCAUUGCCCAUGCUUGCUGUCCCUGUUUCAGAGUAAAGUUAGUGUGGCCCCCA